AUGGGUAUGCCUCCCUUUGAGGCGCUUUAUGGUAGACCACCACCGACACUCUUGGACUACACGAAAGGAACUUCUGUAAACACAACAAUUGAUUCACUUUUAGCCACCAAACAAGAGAUUUUCAAUACUUUGAAAUUCAAUAUGAGUAGAAGCAGACAAUAUAUGGUAGAACAAGCAAACAAAAAGAGAGUUGAUUGUACCUUUGAGGUUGAAGGCUUAGUUCUACUUCGCCUGCAACCAUGUCGGAAGACGCCAAUACAAAAACAAUUACCUCAGAAGUUAUCACCAUGUUACUUUGGACCCUUCUCCAUUUUACGAUGCAUCAGAGCUGUGGCAUACGAGUUAGACCUACCUCCCUCUUCAAAGAUCCAUAACAUUUUCCAUGUCUCUCAAUUAUGCCGCUACAAAGGCCAUAUCACAGAUCCAACAGUUUUGAACACACACGAAUUACUUAGUGAAGAAGAAGAUGGAAAUGAUGCUUCUACACAUACCUUCGCUACUCCUGAUGUUGUGGCUCCGAUCCAAAAUCCUACACGAGUUGUUGUUGACAAACUCAGUUUCUCACAUUACCAGGGAGAAGGGGUGAAAUGCGUUGAAACUUGGAAGCCAGUUGGGGUUGAAGAAAAUGAACAAGUUACCGUGUUUCCAAAGAUAAAAGUGUUUGCACAAGAACCACAGGAAACAGUGGAACCCUCUGUACUUCCAAGUGAUGGACUCAUCAAAACAGGUGAUCAAGUAUUGGGAAGUACUCACGCAUGUCUCAAGCCAACAGUUUCCAACGCAUACAUGCAGCUAUUGGAUCUUCCACAUAUUGCUUCUUCAGCUUCUCCAAAGGACACAUUGUCCUCCAAUUGUUCCACACUUCCUGUUUUUGAAGACUCACGUAACCAUAAUAUUAUAGCCUCCAACCCUCAUGACCCAUCUUCAAUUGGGCCCUCUCUUGAUGAGAACCUUGAGGUCAAGGUAAUAGCUGCAAAAUUUAACUCUAUCAAAUCUCUAGAGCUCUUUAACUCCAACCUGUCAGAUGAAUCUCUUCCAAAAUUUCUUACUUUAUUUGCUAAUGUGGUAAUGUUAGACCUGUUGGUGAAUCAUUUCACAAUUCUUCCCGAAUUACUCAAAGAUUGUCACUUUUUAUGGCCUGAGCUUGAUGAACGGCGUCAUAAGGGUUUAUGCUUCAAUUUUGAUCAACCAUGGUCCAAACAACACAAACGUGGUGCUCGUGUGUUCUUAAUGGUUGCUAAUAACGAGGAUUUUUCUUCUGCGCCGGGUGAUUUUGAGACUAUAAUCGUGGAAUUGGUUAACGGUGUUGCUUCGUUGGAUGAACACUCUGCUCACGCUGUCCAGUUAAGUUUGCAUGCCCUCUCAGGGGACCAAGCCGCGAACACUUUUCGUUUAUUGGGUCGGAACUCCUCGGACACGAUGGGUUUUGGUGGAUGGUUGUAG